AUGAAUAAUGUUACAGACUGCAACCCAACAGAAACCGCGGAUAACAGUACCACGGAUGACACAGGAACUUCUUGUCAAAUGUAUAAAAUAAAAAUUAAUUAUUUUGAUACAAACAUUAUUAUUAUUUAAUAGGCAUUUAUAUUUUUUCCAAACUAAAUACAAUCUAAAUUAAUAAUUAGACAAAUAAAAAAUACAUUUACUUUGCGUUUAUUAUAAUUUUAAACUUACGGGAGAAUAAAAUGAUUUACUGUUGAACUUAACAUAUCUAACAAUAUCUUUUUAGCAAAGUGAAUUUAUAAUCCGGCAUAUAUAAAAUUAAGAAAAAAAUUGUUCUUUUAAGUCUAGUUUAUUACGUAUAUUAUAUUUGAAAAUAAAUUCUAAACCAUUUAGAAAUAAGAACUUAUUAGUUGUUACAUUUGAUAUAAUAAUUUCAGAAGCAACAGUGAUGAAUACUCCAACUUUAAUACCGAAAAUGACGAAACUCAGUCACUAUACGUAAAGCUCAUUUAUGACUUGAUGAAAAAACACCCAAAUCCGGAGUACGAACAUUUCGCGUCUUUUGCUUAUGCCUCAUUGUAAGUAUAACCCUCGGUUGGUGAUGCUCCAAUUUUUUUUUUUUCUAUUUCUUUAUAUUGAUUUCAUGUAUAGUUGUAAAGAUUGUCAAAUGGUGUUCCAACCGAAACUCUCACUCCGAAUCCCGUGUCGGUCACUCGAAUUCGUCGUACGGGAAGAUGGUUCCGAGAUCUGCGUACACGCCAAGUAAAAUAUCAUAUUUAUUAUAUUAUAUAGUCUCUGAUUAAAAAAUAAACUUAAUUCCACUCGAAAAUUCAUUAGACAAAAUAAUAUAGUAUUUUCCAUUAAAAAAAAAGCCGUUUAAAAUUUUAUCAGGUGUGAAAAACUAAAUUUAAAUAAGUACAUCCGAACCGUGGCAAAAGAUUGUGGAAGUUGGGAGAAGACGUACUGGCGCAUGUGGUCGGAAUGUCAUUUUUUGAUGUGCAUCAUGUGUAAAUUUGAAUAUCCGGUAAGAAACUCAGCUAUGUGCCAGUACCAUCCGGAAAAACCAGAAUAUUUUCCGAUCGGAAACUUAGAUUUGGAGCAUCCUAUAGGUAGAUAUAAAUAUGGAAAAGUUACUCAGUUUUAGUAACUGAAUUAAAUUAAAAUUUUUAAAUGGAGUUAAUAAGAUGACUGAUCGCGAAUUUAAGGCUGUGAUUUCGAGGUUACCCCCAUCAGUCCCGGACGGGCAUUGUGCGCAAACCCAACGCACCAAACCACUCCACGGGCGAUUACCCAUAUCCGUCUCUGGAUCAUUAACUGCCCGCGGCCGACGUCUCGUGUUUUCUCAUAGAAAAGAGUUAUUAAAGGUCAAAUAUGCUGGAACUUCAUCAAGUAUCCCAGCAGUCCAACUGCCAAUUUAGUAGACAUACGUGUACUGGAAUGGCAUGGGCUAUGUUAAAAUUUGGUGUCGGGGACGAGCAUUCUCUUAACUAGUCCGCGAUACUGUGCACAUAUCAGUACCGUUCUCUCGGGGGGGGAGAAUAACUCUUGUAAAAGACGAGAACCACGAGAAAAUGGAAAGACGCCACCAGAUCGACGAUGCCUCAUGACCCCCGGACCCCCGAGGCGUACAGAGCCUCAGUAAGUUAUAAACGUAGCUCAGUAUGCAGUAGACAGUGUAAACAAAUAUGCCAUGAAUCCUUCAUGAGGGUGUUGUCACAUUCACAUAUCACGACGUCACUUAUGCUGAAUCAAUGUAGAUAAGCAUGAAAAGCACCGUGCCCAGUGAGAAACUAUGUAGAGAAAUGGGUCGGUGAGAACCAUCGCUACGAGAGCACCCACCGAACAUUGAAAAUAAAUGCAUGUUUCGGAUUCGAUUUCAGCGAGCGUUUGAGAUGGCUCAGGUGUUCAGCUAAUGCUUUGCAACGAUCAUAUAGAUCUGACCUUUUGCGGACUUAUAAGUCAAGCGGUAGUGACCUCGCUAGGACUUUUAAUGCAUACGCGCCAAUUUUUGAGAAAAGGGUCGGCCGCUGUACUCUGUUCAAUUCAUCAGCAAGGCUAAUCUUUUGUGUCAUCCGAUGAGUCCACACGCUCACCGCGUACGACGCUGUGGGCACCACCGCUUCGGCGUAAAGGUGUCUUAGUGCGGGUGCUCGAAGGCCCCAACGUGUGGCGGCUAAUUCUCACAGUCUAAGAACCAGACUUUUAGCUUUACCAGCAACGUAACUGACGUGCGCCACAAAGUUGAGCUUUCAAUCGAGAAUGACCCCGAAAUAUUUUACCUGCAGCAGGAAUUUGACUUGGGCACCAUUUAUCUGGAUCAGAGGAGAACGUGUGAGAGAAAAUGCGGAUGAUAAGGAUCGGUAGAAACUAAAGAGGCUGGGGCAUUGUCUACUCACACCUUACUUGAGAUUGAGAAAUUGAGGUCAAUUUAGAUAUACAAAUUAAUUGAUUUAAAUUGUUUAAAAAAUAUAUGUUAAUUUAUAUAAAUUAUUUUCAAUAUAACUCGAACAUAUUUAAAUAAAAUAAUAAUAUAAACAUUAACAUUACUAUUUUGAAUGUUGCAGGCCGUUAUCCUUGUUGUGGCGAAAGAGCUUUUCAAUUUUCAGUAAUCAAAAACUCAAAUGUAAGAUACCGUUAUAAUAUUAUACUAAAUAAUAAUGAUACUAUACACAUUUUAAUAACAUAGUAAAUAUAAUAUCAGUAAUAUAUUAUUAUUAAAGACCGGAUUUUACAUAAAAUAUAUUUUGCUAUUUUCUACAUAAUAUACAUGCAGAUAAUAAUUUUUCAUAAAUCAUUACUAAAUUGUAAUAAUAACAUUCGUAAUCUAAAUAAACAACAAAAUAGUAUACUGCAUAUUCUUAAUUGAAAUGCGUUUCUCUACAUAUUAUAGGUAUAAAAUAUUAUUUAAUCGCUAAAAAUGUAAAAAAAUAUAUUUAAUUUAGCUUAAUUUGUGUCGGCAGUAUACAAACGCUGAGAUUUUAUCGGCAUGAUUUUAGGUGAGGCGAAUUAGCCCGACUGAACAUUGUACACUCUUAGCUUGCCUCGACUUAAAGCAUUACGUACUCGCAUAUUAUGUUCAGUUUUGACGAACACGGACACUGUCGAGGUAGCCCUUACAUUUAACCACGAGUGUGUGUUUUUUUAUAAGUCUGGUAUAGGUCAUUCUAGUGCAUAAUCGAACCCAUGCAUCAUUUAAUUUUUUUUAUCUUUAUGAUAUGAACUCGUAAAGUUUCAUAUAAUUAAUGCGUUUUGAUAUAACUCCAAAAAUUUUAAGAAAUUUGAACGUCAAUUAUUUUGUCCAGUCCCAUGCGAUUGUUAUAUGUAAUAUUAUUAUUAAAUAAUUAAAAAUCACUUUAAACCGUAUAAAUAUAAUAUGUAUUUAGUACACACGACACACGUAUAAACAACGACAGAUGUUCUCAAGUGACUAGUAUAUAAUAGAUGCACUCAUAUUUACGUCUCGAUUCCCAUCGUGUCCUUUGACUUGAGCACAAAAACCCAACUUCGGAGCGAGCGCUGGAAGGAGAGAUGAGGUAAGGCUAGACGAGUGUACCAAGUACACCACGCGCUGAGCUGCUCUUGCAAUGUCUCGACGAAUAUGUACUGCCUAUACAUUUUAAAUUUUAUAGAAAUUGUAUCAUUCGGUAAAACCUAUUAUCAACAUGCACGUAACAGGUACCUACAGUUACACUACCUACUUAUAGCAUUAUGCUAUUUUAUAUUAUUUAAUUCCAACGUACACCACAUAUGGAUUUGUUUUAUAUUGGGAUAGGGUAGAAAUUCAAUCGAGCCCUGAUACGAUUGAGCGCACACAGUUUUUAAAAUUCCAUGAAACGUGACGGAAUAUUAUAUAAACACGGGUUAUCGUUGUCAUCGGAAUACAGUAAAAUGAACUUCGAGUAUUACAAUUGCCAAUUGUUAUUUGUAUCAAUCAAUAAUGAUAACUUAUAUAAAUACAAUAGCAAUGAGUUGCUUUCAACGACAUAUAUCACUACUCAAUACCUGAUUGUGCAUGUUAUAAUUAUAAUUUAUAGUUAUCAAAUAUUAAAUAAGUAUAAUUCAAUUUUAUAUUGGCUAAUAUUUCGUACUUUUUCAAGUAUAACUUAAUAUGUGUAUGCAAAUCCGAUUUUUAAUCGUUAUGAAUAUAAAAAUGAACCAAUAUCUUUUAGGGAUGCAGAUUUCGCAAUCAUCAACCGAAUUUAGAAAAUGAUAAUGAUAAACGAAUAGUAACAAACAUGAAUAACUACAUUGAAUUGACUACAGCCAUGGCACCUACGUUGGAUCACGAGAAAAAGAUUAUGAAAUUUGUAAAUAAUUCCGAUCCGGGUGAGUAUUCAAUUUAAUAAUAUGUUUAUAUUAUUGUCACAAGCAAAUUCUAUUAGAUUUUUUAAGGGUCCGCUCUUUACUGGUGUAAAACAUUUUAGAUUCAGAGUAAAGCGAGAGAUCUAUUAUAUCCAUAAUAUUUUAUAUAUAUUAUUGACAAAGCAUCACUAUCAAAUGAACUUCGCUAUAAAUUCGUUAGCAAUGGUUUAUCGUUGUAUACAGAUAUACAUUAAAUUUCCGUCUAUCCUGUCUACAACAGUAGCUGUACCUGUCCCCAUUAUCUUACUUUAUUUUUUGAUAUUUUGAUAUAAAAAAUCAAUUUUGAGCUACUUUUAAGGUCUUAAACUAAGAUAUACAAAGUAGACGGCAAUCUUCUUCUUGUUUUUGAUGUAAAAUGUGUGAAAUUUUAUCAAGAUAGGAGUAUAACUUUUAAUUUGUACAGCAGACAACAGACUUUUAGUUUUAUUUAAAAGAUUUGAAUGAAACCGCUUUGUUGUUUCUUAUAAUAAAAAAUGUGUGUGAUACAGUAACAAAACCUGUUUAGGAGACUUAACCAUUCACAAUACUUUAAGGGAAUUUAUAUGUGUCUAUUACAUUAUACAGUAUUUGAUUGAUAUCUACACAGGAAUGAAAAGACUUGAACAUCAACAUUGGUGGAAAAAAUUGACUUUAAGCGAAAACGAUCGGUCAUCAAUCCAGCCAUUAAUCUCAUUGGUGUGGAAACCAACUGAUAUUGAGAAAAACAAUAACAGAUUUGAAAGAUUGAAAACAAUAAAAGAUGUGAAAAAUUUGAAUAAAAGUAAGUAAGUUAACUGCGUUUAGUGGCCUAAUCAUUAUGUAGAUACUUAAGUCUAAACUAUAUCUACAAAUAUAACAACAAUAAUUAAUUAGUAAUUUUUUUUGUUAACGACCCACUGCAGUUACGAGGGAAAAAACCAAUCUUUUCAGAUUGCACAAGCGGAUGGAACUCGAAUCCGAACAAACGAAUCAAAAUUACUGUACGAACACUUACAAUGAAGACUACCCCGAAUUACCGUCUGAUAAUAAUGCCGAGUAAGUACCUCAAUGAAAAAUGAAAACCAAAAAUUAAGUAUCGUAAUAAUUUAAUUUCCGUAUUAAUGUUAGACGUAAAUCUAAAAUUAUGAAUUUUGAUUUGACAACUUGAUAAUUUGAUAACUCGUGAAACAUAAUAAUUGAUUUUUUCUCUCGCUGAUUAUCUUUAAUAUUUUAUAAUUUUUGAAUACAAUAUUGGUUCAAUGGUGUCUACCUAACGAGUUGUUACGACGUACGAUGAUCAAUUUUUUGUUUUUUAAUCUCCUUGUGCAUUUUCUAUUUUCUGGGUUUGUUAAAAAUAAUUUUUUUCAGAGCUACUACUAUAAAUUACUAUCAAAAAAAUAUUUUACGUAAGUUAAAUUACUCAUAUCCGUGGUGAAAAUUAAAAUCGACUGAGUAUGCUGACGCUUAAUGAUAAUGUUCAGUCGUGAAUAUUAUAUUAUUUUAGCAUGACGUCCUAUCUCGUUAAUAUUGGCGGGUUCAUAGAGCAUAGACUUUGACAUUGUUAAUCGCUCUUUCAGACUACCUGUACAUUAACGUCGGGUUUACCUACAAGCAGAACAAGUAAAGUAUAAGUGUGACAAAAAUUUAAAGGGCGUCAAAUUUGUCAUCAAUAUAAAAAAAAGACAAACUAUACUUAUUUUUUUUUUUUUUAAGACGAAAAUUAAUUCUCAUGGAGUUUUUUUCCAAUGCCUCAUCCCUACGAUUUUAUAAACUUUUCCGAAAGUCAAAGGAACGCAAAACCUUAAUGAUUAAAAACUAAAUUAUUUAUCUUUUAUAUUAUUAAAAAAAAAUCUGCAAAAGAACACAGGCAAUAUUAUACCUUUAAAUUAUCAAGAAAUUGCCAGGGCAGCUACAAAUUUAAAUCAUUCUAACAAGGACCAAAUUAAAAUUCAUUGAAAAGAUUUAUUUUGUGUAUAUUAAAAUAUUUCCCAUUUCAAAAUUUAGCCUUUUAAGAUAACAGUAUGUAAAGGACAUAUUUUAUCCAUGGCUAUUUUAGAUUCUGAGCGUAAUACGGGAUCUAUUGGUUUUACUAUGUUUAGAUUGUAGCGAAGAAUGUAUUGGUUUUACAAAGAUUUUUUUUUUAUAUAUAUGCUGUGUACAAAAAUUCUACUUUUUGCUUUGUUUUUUACGCAUAGCACAAUUUCUGAAUGGGAAUGUUGUCCAGAUCGUACUUUUGGGAGGUAAUUUUAAUUUUCCAAAUGGUUUUCAUAAUAUCUGGGAAUAAACGGUUUAAAAUGUCGGCAAAAUGGAAAAUAUACAAAAUGUAGUUAUUAUAGUUAUUAUAGGUAUUAUAUUAUAAUUAAUAGGAUCUUCUUUUUUCCUUGUGAACAACUUUUCUACCAGCAAUUUUGCUCCGAUUUAAAAUGAUAGCACUUUUUCUGAAAGGAAAUCUGACUGUAAAAGUAUUUCAAGGAAGUUAUUUUUUGAUUUUCCCAAGAUUUUUUCCAGCAAAUAUGAAAAACCGGGAAAAAACGUUGGAAAACUAAGGAAAAACGGGAAAAUCAGAACAAAUUAAACAAAUAUUAUUAAAGAAAAUAUAUAAUGCCUAUUUGAUUAUUUUACUGUAAUAUGACAUAUAUAUUGUUGACAAUGUGUCACUAUCAACUGAACUCCGCUCAGAAUCGUUUUUUCGUUAGCAACGGUUCAUCAUUCCUUACAGAUAAAUAUUCAAUUCUCUUCUGCACCCUACCUUCCCAACAUCCCACCUACAACAGUGGCUUUACCUGUGGCCGCGUGUGAAGUAUGUCCGUUUUUUGAAUUUAUUUUUUUCUGUCUGUAAUAAACUUUGAAAAAAAAUCUUACUCCGAUGUAUAGAGUAUAUUACCUUUUCUGAAAAGAAAUUUUGUCUAGUUAGUACAUUGAGCAGGUUAUGAUUUUCCAAUGGGUUUUCAAAAUAAUAGGGAAAAACAUGGCAGAAAAUUAUAUGUAAAACGGAAAAUAUUUACGGUAUGCCACUGAUUUCAUUAUAUUUAUUUUUGCUACUAAUAUUUUCUACAAAAAAUAUUGCUCCAAUCGAAAAAUGACAAGAAAUCAACUAACAUAUAAAAAGUUGUUUUUAUAUAUCCAAAAUAGAUUUCAUAAUAAUUGGGCUAAACCAAAAAAUUAAAAUUAAUUGAUAUUUACGGUCUUGGUUUAAUAUAAUUUUAAAUUUUUCAUAGGUACUAUCUCUUUUACCAGCAAUCUUGUUUCAAUUUAAAAAUGACUAGAAACCUCUUUUGUUGCAGUUCUAAUUUAGUUGGUGUGUUAUUUGUUUUUCAAUUUUCUGGUAGUUUUUGUAAUAGAUGAGAAAAAACCGGAAAAUGACGUAAACUGAAAAUUGAUAAAAUUACGGCUCUAUAGCAUUCCUUAAUUUAAAAUUUUUAGGGCCUACGUUUUGUAUAAAAAUAUUGCUCCAACAGAAAACAACAAGUAACGUUUUUUGUUGCAUUUAUAAUCUAGUUAGUAGACAAAAAAGUAAAAAAAAUACAUUAAAAUAACGGGAAAUAAUAUUUUUAAUUUGUUUAUUAAUGUAAUUCAGGUUAAAAUACUCGCAGACUUGAAAUUUUGACACAAAACUUACAUAUUCUAGACGUGAUAAAAUUUUAAAAUUGCAAUUUUUUACGUAAUUUUUAUUUGAUAGUUAUUCUGUGGAUAAAAUUGUUAGACUAAACAGAAAUGCCUAACAGGAGGCUAUAUAAGUUGACUUAUAAUUUACGUAGAAUGUUGAUGAAGUUUGGUAAGUGGGUGGGUGGAAAAAUAAAUUGGUGAAUAAGGUAUAAAUAUUUCGAACUGUCACUGAUAUAUCUUUAUAUGAUUCAGAAAAUCAUCGUUAUCAGAGAAAGUACUUUCGUCGAUGUUUUAUAUUCAAGACUUACAAAGAGAACAGGAAAAUAUUAUUUUCAAUCAAGUCCAUGGAAACAUAUCAGAUAGAGACAUUAACUAUAUUUUGACCAAAACUUUUGAACAACCGCAAAGUAAUUUUUUUUCUAGACAUAUUAUAAUAUGUAUAAUUAAAACCUAAAUUUGAAUGUACUAAAAUAUAAAAAAUAUCCAAAAACGCUCUAAUAAAAUUCUUUAUAGCGUAAUACUAUCCUUCCUUCAAAAUGAUUAAAAAUACAAAAAACUGCUCUAAAAAUAGAAAACAGUGAAAAUUAAAAAUAAAAGUUUUACCUGUUGCAUGAAUGGAAUUAGUACUUGAAAAUUAUUGCCCUAUAGAUCACCAAACAAAAAAAAAUGAAUUUUGCAAAUCCGUACCCUAUUUAUAAACGUUAAACUAGUGGUGUAUUUACGGUAAGGAGAAGGAUGUUAUUGUUGACUUGGUAUGAUUUUAUGAAGUCAAAAUUUCAUUAAUUCAUCCCUACUAAAAGAAAAAAUCAUAAAUAUGCCACUACGUAAAACCCUCUAUCACUAUCUCUACUAUCACUCAUAGAAAUAUAAAGUGUUUUUUCAUAGAAAAUUUAUAACACUACAGUUUGUAUAAAAGUAUAGGUGAAUUUAUAAUUUAUACGACUAUUAUACUUUGAAAAUCAUAAAAAUGACAAUCAAUUACCAGUUCAUAAUUUAUACACAUAAUUAAUAUUUCAAUGAAUUAAUGUUUCAAUGCUUAUUACAGUAUUAAAAUUCAAACAAGUAUUUUGUGUAUUUAUUUUUCCAGACAAAAGAAAGAAGUGCCAACAGAAAAGUGUUGGAAUGUCCACAGAAUUAAAAAAAAAAUAA